ACUUCCGGGAGGAAGGGAGGAAAAACAAAAAAAUCCCCUCUUGCUUGCAUUUUGCAGCAAAAAUUUAGGUGCUUCUUGGUUAAGAGAAACCAAGCUGCCAAUAAAAUUGUGUCACAAUGAAUGUGGUUUUUGCAGUCAAGCAAUACAUCUCCAAGAUGAUUGAGGACAGUGGGGCUGGCAUGAAAGUUUUGCUGAUGGAUAAAGAAACGACCAGCAUUGUGAGCAUGGUAUACACUCAGUCGGAGAUCCUGCAGAAGGAGGUUUACCUCUUUGAGCGCAUCGAUUCCGCCAACCGGGAGAGCAUGAAGCACCUCAAGGCCAUCUGUUUCCUGCGGCCGACAAAGGAAAACGUAGACUACCUCAUGCAAGAGCUCCGUCGGCCAAAGUACAGCACCUACUUUAUCUAUUUCAGCAACGUGAUCAGCAAGAGCGACGUCAAGUCCUUGGCCGAGGCGGACGAACAAGAAGUUGUCGCUGAAGUCCAGGAAUUCUACGGGGACUACAUUGCCGUGAACCCCCAUGUCUUUUCUCUCAAUAUCCCUAUCUGCUGCCAGGGGCGCAGCUGGGACCCGGCCCAGUUGUCCAGGACCACGCAAGGCCUGACAGCGUUGCUUCUUUCCCUCAAGAAGUGCCCCAUGAUCCGAUACCAGCUCUCCUCAGAUUCGGCAAAGAGACUUGCAGAAUGUGUGAAGCAAGUCAUCACAAAAGAAUAUGAACUUUUUGACUUCCGCCGGACUGAAGUCCCUCCUUUGCUGUUGCUCCUUGACCGGUCAGAUGAUGCCGUCACUCCACUUUUGAACCAGUGGACAUACCAGGCCAUGGUGCAUGAGUUGUUGGGAAUUAACAACAACCGGAUCGACCUCUCUCGGGUGCCGGGGAUCAGCAAGGACCUGCGGGAAGUGGUUCUGUCGGCCGAUAACGAUGAGUUUUACGCCAACAAUAUGUACCUGAACUUUGCAGAAAUCGGGGCCAAUAUCAAGAACCUGAUGGAAGACUUCCAGAGGAAGAAGCCCAAAGAACAGCAGAAGCUGGAGUCGAUCGCAGACAUGAAAGCCUUUGUGGAGAACUACCCGCAGUUCAGGAAGAUGUCCGGCACCGUCUCCAAACACGUGACGGUGGUGGGGGAGCUUUCCAGGCUGGUCAGCGAACGCAACUUGAUGGAAGUGUCCGAGGUGGAGCAAGAGUUGGCGUGCCAGAAUGACCACUCCAGUGCCCUCCAGAACAUCCGGCGGCUUCUGCAGAACCCCAAAGUGACGGAGCUUGACGCCGUCCGCCUGGUGAUGCUUUACGCCUUGCGCUACGAACGCCACAGCAGCAACAGCCUCCCGGGUCUCAUGACAGAGCUGAAGAACCGAACCGUUUCGGAAAAACACCGCAAGCUGGUCUCUGCUGUUAUAGAAUAUGGGGGGAAGCGUGUUCGAGGGAGCGACCUCUUCAGCUCCAAGGAUGCCGUGGCCAUGACCAAACAGUUUCUCAAAGGGCUCAAGGGAGUUGAAAACGUCUAUACCCAGCAUCAGCCUCUUUUGCACGAAACUCUGGACCAGGUGAUCAAGGGGAAACUGAAAGACAACCUGUAUCCCUACCUGGGUGCAAGCACACUUCGGGACAGGCCACAAGACAUCAUUGUCUUCAUGAUCGGAGGGGCCACGUACGAAGAGGCCCUGGCGGUUUACAAUCUGAACCGUACCACCCCCGGAGUCCGGAUCGUGCUGGGUGGCACCGUUAUCCACAACACAAAAAGCUUCCUGGAAGAGGUUUCGUCGUCCGGCUUCCGCGGACGAGGCCUGGAGACGGUUCAAGGGACCAUGAGGACGUCCACGCGACGCGUGAACUGAUCCGUUGUCCUUCCCUGUGGUUUCUUCUUUGGACCAUUUUGGAGUGAUCCACAUCUGCUGUGUUUGUUGUAUCCAUUGCGUCCAAAGCGACUGCCUGGAGAGUAAUCAUGUCUCCCUUCUUGAAAUCUAGUUACCAUUCUGUUUAUCAUGCAUUUUUAUUUAUACUUCUGCAAGGGGCUGAAAGGGACCAACACGAGGGUCUACAGAAACAUUUACUCCAUACUUCCACAAGGUCUGGUUGAGAUGUCAAAACAAUGUCUCCCAUGUGGGAGAUCCCUUUACCUAUUUCCUCCCCGACUUCUGUCUGUCCUCAAGUUGCUCUUAAAUGGUUUAAUUCCCAAACUUUGUUGUCAUUUUAACUCCGUUACCAGCCUUGUGUUAUAAAUCCAGUUCCUCUAAAAGAAAAAAGCAAAGUUCUGCAAACUGUCAUUGUGAAAGGACCUCGUGGUUUUAUGGCAGACCACUUGUAUUCUUUUCAUUUCCAAUGGGGAAGUGAACUUGUGGGGAGGUUGAGCGGAAGCGGGUGAUUUGCAACAGUUGUUUUGCAUGAAAAAAGUGGGGAGAUAGGACUCAGAUGCUGAAAAAUCACGUUUAAUCAUUAAAAGACCAACAUGGUUCACCAUA